AUGAUUGUCAGAUUGACUGUUCUACUGUUGGCGGGUAUUUGCCUUGCGAAGAGCACGUUUCCGGCAAUUAUCUCAUCCAGCAAGCUCAUUCCAGGACUGAAACCGUCGCUCGGUCAUAGCGAGCAGCUCCCGUUCGAUUUCAACGAGGCCACGUUUGUGAUUGAACGUGUUUUUGAACAGUGUUCUUCAGAUGCGUACAUAUUGGUGAACGUUCCAGGACUGAAGGUCGAGGACUUCCACCACUUUGAGAAGUUUCACCAUCUUCGAUCGCAGCUCGCCCAAGCCAGCACCAUAGUGUCAUUGCCAAAUGUUGUGGUGGAUGACGAGCGAUUGGAUUUCCAGAGCUUGGAAAGAUACCUGCGAAUCCACUGCGAUACGUACACGCACACCGUUUGGAACGAGAACUCCGAUGAGGUUUCUAAGUACAUCGAUGUCCACAAGCGGACGAUUGUACUAGAUCUUGUCGGAUUGAACGACGAAAUGACAGAGGAAGAACGACUAGACAAGCUAGGCGAGUAUGACGAUCUGUUGCGGGAAGUCAUGCGCAAACUGCCUUCGCCACUAUUCACCAUCUUAUUCACAACCACUACAGCAUCUCCAUACACAGCCACUAACGACAAGGUUCUUGAAUUUGAUGACAUUCCUGAUGACCCGCACGACUUAGGAGCAGAGAUCCAACGCCAGGUAAAGGAGGCUCAAAAUAUGAUUUUUCCCGAUAUCACGGUCUUCGACAAGACACGGUUUCUAGAGUUUGAGAGAAACGACAAGGGCGAGCGCCCAGCGUAUGGCGAGGACAUCCCAGACGGAAUGUGGGCCAAGGACGUUCUUGGAAAGGAUGAAACGUGGCUCGAAAAGAAGACCAAGGAAGUCAAGAAAGAUAGCUCCGAUAUUCGGUUUGGAGAGGAUCAGUCGGACAUUCCUGUGAUCUUUGAUCACGACUUCCUUGUCAAGAAUGGUCCUAUCCUCAUUGGCGGUCUAUUUACAAUCAUUUCUCUAAUUUUGUUGGACCUUCUUCUUGGAAUUGGCCGUCGGGUGGCUAAUUUGUUCGUCAAUCAAAAAACCAUAAAGAAAGAUUAA